AUGUCUGUCUUCUCCCUCCUCAAGAGGUCCAGGCAACAGGCCAAGGAACACAAGCAAAAACAGGCAGAAAAGACGGCAGAACCUCCAAAGCAACCUUACCGACAUGUCCCUACUCAUGCGGCCAUUGACGCCCUUUCCGGAGCACCAUCGGCCUUCAAGCAUGAGGACCGACCCAAGAUUCUGGAACAAAAUCGACGGAGGAGUGCCAUGGCUGCCAGCGGGUUGACGAAAAUGCCCGGGCCAGCCGGCCUGCCUCGCGUUUCCAGCAGCCUUUCCCAGGUCACCUAUCCUUCCGUCAACGCUAGCCCGAUGGGUAGCUUGCCCAGGGCUUACAGCUACAGCGGUGUUCCGCCACCGGCGCCCUACUGGCAGGAACGCAAUAAGAGUUCCAUAUACUCCGUCCCUGAUGGCAGCCGCAUCUCGCUCAAGGGCAAGGAGGUGGAUCGAUCAUGGGGCUCGGGACGUAACAGUCCCUCCUCGGCUAAGGAAUCCCCCUCUACGAGUUCUAGCCGUUCGACCAGCUCGCAGGAGGACCUGGAGAUGAAGCCCACUCGUCACCAAGCAAUGUCGCCUGCUCACCAAACCCCUGCUGCUGUUGCCCAUACCCAUCGACUUCACCCAAGCUCUCGUCGGGCAUCAGAUGCCUCCGAGCGAGGGGACGGUUCGCCCAAGACCGAAAAGUCAUCAACAAUCUCAACAGACAGGGCCAAGCCGCCACUGUCGAUGCGCGGCUUUAACGCCAUUCCUGCAAUGAAUGCUCUCCCACCGAUGCAAUUCGGCAACUCCAUGUUGGCCCAGCAGAACACAGUCGCUUCCUCGGCCGCCUCGAUGACCAGCGUCCGCUCUUCAUCAGGCCUCUCGUCCUUCAACUUCAACAUCAACCCCAACGCCCCCUUCUCGGCCCCUAUGUCUGGCAGAUCCUCCGCUGCCACCACACCAGCGGCAUGCGUGACGCCCGAACCAGUCUACGAAUCUGUCGAGGAAGAAGAAGAGGGCGGUUCCUACACAUACGCUCCGCCGCCCGCUUCUGCCGCCGCUGUCGCACCUUCGGCGAUGAAACAGAGGGAUCGCACAAACACCUCAAAGCCCAAAGUCACCCGCUUCACUGAAUUAGAGAAGAUCGACUCACACCCGGACAAGCCGACCAGCAUCCAUGACGUUCCGCCGUUGGAAGACUUCCGACGCGAUAAUGGCCCGCCUCAGAUCUCCAAUGACGCCAUCAACAAAGCCGUCGCGGUCGAGAUAGUGACAGCUACGCCCGCCGGAGUUGUUUCAUCGAACAAGCCCGGAAAGCGCUUAUCGAAGCUUGCCGGUUCUAAGCUGACGAAAAAGAGUCUCUGGUCAACAAAGAGCUCCGCCGUCGCAGUUUAA